AUGUCGUCGCUGUGCGCCCUGGAGCCUCGCCGCGUGGUCCGGCUGCUGCUGCCCGGCCUGCAGCGCCUGUACAGCGGCUGUGCGCUGCUGCGGACGCGGGGCUACGUGGACGGCCGCUGGGUCUCCGCAGACAACCAGUUCCCCGUGCUGGACCCGGCCACCGGGGACGAGAUCGCGGUGGCGGACUGCGGCCCGGCCGAGGCCCGGCAGGCCGUGUCCGCAGCACACCGCGCGUUCCAGGGCUGGAAGCACCAAACCGCCAAGGAGAGGAGCGCCGUGUUGAGGAAGUGGUCCGACCUGCUGACGCUGCACAAAGAUGAGCUGGCACGACUCAUCACGUAUGAAUGUGGUAAGCCCAUGCAGGAGUCUCUGGGGGAGGUGGCGUACUCCGCCUCCUUCCUGGAAUGGUUCUCUGAAGAGGCCCGGCGGGUUUACGGGGACUUGGUUCCGUCGCCGGCCAAAGACCGAAAGAUCCUCCUCCUCAAACAGCCGGUGGGCGUGGCCUCCAUCAUCACACCGUGGAACUUCCCCAGCGCCAUGAUCACCAGGAAGGUUGCGGCUGCUCUGGCCGCCGGCUGCACGGUGGUGGUGAAACCGGCCGAGGACACGCCGCUGUCGGCUCUGGCUCUGGCUGAGCUGGCGGAGCAGGCGGGGGUCCCGGCGGGGGUCUUCAACGUGGUCCCGUGCUCCAGAGAGAGCACUCCGGCGGUCGGGGAGGUUCUCUGCACCGACCCUCUAGUGGCCAAAAUCUCCUUCACUGGAUCCACCGCCACCGGCAAGGUGCUGCUGAAACUGGCUGCUGACACUGUGAAGAAGGCGUCAAUGGAGCUGGGAGGCCACGCCCCCUUCAUCGUGUUCGACAGUGCUGAUGUCGACAAAGCGGUGGGCGGAGCCAUGGCCUCUAAGUUCAGGAACUCUGGACAGACCUGCGUGUGUUCAAACCGGUUUCUGGUGCAGAGCGGCAUCCACGACCGCUUCAUUGAGAAACUGGGCCGAGCGAUGGACGCCGAGCUCCGCCUGGGUCACGGCUCGGAUCCUGACACCACCCAAGGGCCGCUGAUAAACACCAGAGCUGCAGAGAAGGUGGUCCACCAGAUCUCGGAUGCAGUGUCUCGGGGAGCCAAGGUGCUGAAAGGAGGGAAGCGUCUGGACGGGUCCUUCAUGGAGCCCACUCUGCUGGCCGACGUCACCACUGACAUGAUCUGCACCAAGGAGGAAACCUUCGGCCCGCUGCUGCCCGUCAUCAGGUUUAACACCGAGGAGGAGGCUCUGGCUAUCGCUAACGCAUCAGAUGUCGGGCUGGCAAGUUACUUCUACUCGCAGGAUGUCAGUCAGAUCUGGCGGGUGGCGGAGGCGUUGGAGGUGGGGAUAGUCGGAGUCAACGAGGGCCUCUUGUCCACCCCGGAGGCCACGUUCGGCGGAGUCAAACAGUCGGGUUUGGGCCGCGAAGGCUCCAAGUACGGCAUCGAUGAGUAUCUGGAGAUCAAGUACAUGUGCUUCGGAGGCCUCAAACCCUGAGACAGGAACCGGUUGUUCCUCCAGUAAUCAGUAAAGGAGAUCAGAAGUGUAGUUCCAUCUUUGAUUUAUUUGAUUUAAACCAUAACCAACUCUUAAUUUGUUAACAUGCCUCGUUAGUGAGUCAGAGAGAGGAAGAAGUGGUGGAUGUUUAGGUGGAUGUCUGGUCCUUAUAGAGAAGAUCUAGAUGAUGGGUUGCCGAUCGCAUUGUUCUUGUGUUGUUUGUGAAGCUAAUUAGCUUUAGCGUUCUAAUAAGAUAUAACGGGUAACAUGACGCUGUUCAGAUGGUUACGUUAGUAACAUCAAAUCAGCAACGGUUAGAUUAACACUCCAUUGUUCACAUUUUCAAAUAUUGUAAUAAUAUAUUUUACUUUUACAAGAGAAAAUAGUUUAAACUUGAUGAAAAGAUCAGAAUAAACCGAUGAGUCUUUCUAACGUUAGCAUAAACUCUGAGUUAGCAUCAUUCAGACAGACGUUACCUGGAACGCCAUAAUAAUAAUAAUAAUAAUAAUAAUAAUGCAGUUUGCUCAUGAAUGGUAUUUAAAUGAACACCGGGCUGCUGCUGUAAGCUAAGCUAGUUAGCCAGGCAUGCUAACGUUAGCGGCUUACAUUAUAUGUUUUUGGCUGAACAAAGGAUUUUAAAAAGUUGUGAUCUUUAAAACUUUGUAAAGAUAAAAAAAGAUAAAACAAAAAAGGCAGAAACCAGAGACUGGCAGAGAUGAUUGUGCCUAGUUACGGUUGCUAGGCUGUGAUUGGUCAACUCUAGCCGAUCAGAAUCCAGGAUUCUCUGUAACUUCGGGUCUCCAGCUCUACUUGUGUGGCUUUUAUGAUUAUAUUUACUAUGUAAUACAUUCACAUUAUAUAUAGUUUAACUAUUGCUGAUUUCAUAUUUAAGCUUCCAGAAAAAAAUCAGUUUGGUUUUACAAUCAGAACAUGACCUCUAGUUCCAGGUCAGAUUCCUUCAUUCCAAUCUGACGUGAACGCAGCGGUUUUCUUUUCUCCACAUAGUUAUGAGAUUCCUACAGAAGCACACAGAUUGAAGUUUAAAGGGAGAAGAAGCUGCACACAUGAAAAACAGAUUUACUGUUAAAAAAACAAAUGAAAUGAACAAAACCUUCUGCUAGAUGUUUCUGUUGAGCUUCCAGAUGUCGCCCUGUUCAUAUCAAAUAUAUAUAAAUGUAUUUUUUAAUAUCUAAAAUACUUAAAGUUUGACAUAUUGCAACACAUUGGGACAAAUGUUCAGAUUGGGUCCAGAAAUAACUUUAAUUAGCCAUUGUUUAAUCAUUUAAAGGAUGUUUUAUUUAUGUGUGUAUUAUUAGUGGGUCUGAAACAUAAAAAGCAAUAAUUCAUACACUGCUGCUCAAAGGUUAAGAGUCACCUGUUGCAUUCAUGUUUUUCUUCGUUCCUUCAAUAAUAACUGAAAUAAAAUAACUUUAUUUAGUCGUCACUAUGUUCCUAAACAUACAGGUACACUCAUUAAAUGUGACCUCUGUAUUUAACACAACAAGAACACUUUAACAUACAGACAGCUUGAGAUGAAGUAAAAAAAAAACACGACAUGACUCUUUAGGUAAUUCGGCCCUGAACAGAACUGGGAACAGUGGGACUGAUGGAGAUCAGCCCGACGUAAACCAGUCAGCUUGAUUUGACUGAAUUUCAAGGUUUAAAGGUGUUUUUAAUCAAAUCAGAAUACAGAUUGUUUCAUUAGGAGAUAAAGACUUUUAGAUUUCUACCUCCUCGUUAUGAGAUGAAAGAACGGAGAUAAAGCAUGAAAGAAGUCUUCAUUAAUAGAUGUGUUAUAUAAUUAUGACAGACGGAACCAGCUAAAGGAAACUGACUUUGUCAAAUCAUCUUUCUUAAUAAAGUAAUAAAGUUUAGUAAUACUGAUAGUUUCUGUUCUUUGUUUGUGCAGCAGAUUGUUCUAAUAGAAAGUGAAACUGGUCUUAAUUGUAAUAUAACGUAAUCAUAGUUGAUGUGAAAUAAAUAAUUUUGUAUUAAUGGAAUAUUAAAGAGGUCAUUGUGAUAUUAA